CGACUCAGUUAAUUGCGCGCUGGUGGUUUGGGGGGCGGCGAGGUCACGCCAUCUUUCGUUAUUGCGGCGAUGUUAGCUUUUGCCACUCUAUGUGGAGGGCCGCAAUUCGCGGGGAACCGUUGGGUUUUGCUGAGCUCAGGCAGCACAUCCAAGGCGCAGCUGAAGAUAGCUGGGAAGGAGCGGCCCCCUCAAGGUUGUUGGCAUAAUUCAGGUCUUUGCCCAAUAUUCCAACGGUGGACUGGGGAGCUGAAGAGGUUUUGUUCGGGCAUCACCAGUUCCUACCGUUUACGGUCCAGCCAAUUAAUUUCAACCCCCCAAAGCGCGAGUAUAUUUGCCAUCCCCCGAAACCCAAAGCUGAAGACUUGACCUAGGGUAACAUGAAGCUAUAUCCAGGUUCUGAAUUCAGUGUCAAUAGUUCAUCGCCGCCUGAGCAAAAAACAGGCCAUGGCGUAGUUUCGGCCCUGGUCCUCCUAGCUGAACAGGUCAAGGCCCAGAGCAUCGUCGUCAUCGAUAAGCCUCUGACAUGCUGGCUGGAGGCGUUCAGCCUUACCGGUUGGACGAGCAGCUGAGGGUUGCUGCGCUUACACCAGUCAGGCCUUCCCCAUCGGUAACGCCUUCUCCGGCGGUCAAGGUCGUCACCGACCCGAGAAUCGGCAAAAAGUGGUUCACCUUCGGAGGCAUAGCCCGAUUGCUGCGGUUGCCUAUAUGCGUGGACCUUAAUCAGCGAUUAAUUCACUGCAUAAGUUUUGGUGGUACGAUGUCAGCCCAGCCGAUUCGUUUUCCAUGUUUUGGCGGCCAAUGAUAAGUAAAUGGAGUGUCUUUCUGUGCGGCCCUUUGUAAGUUUCUUGGUUUCUUAACAUUCAUGUUGUGAUACGAUUUGUUGCCCCCUUUUUCUUCGGCCCCCAAAUACCCCAAGUCAAUGUCACGUUAUACUUGCCGAGGUCGGUCUUUUUGGGGUUGCUAGUCAAAGGCCCGAUCCGUGCCAUUUCCUUCACGUACAUAAUUUUCUUUCCCCGCGCCAAGGUGAACUUGAAUGCUUGCAAGGCUUGGUGUGGGAGUUGUCUGCACGAGACCAAGAACCAUCAUUCGCUGCGACCCUCGAAAAGGAGCUAAGUGUUGUAACUGUACUGUACUUCCCCGGUAUUUUCGAACGCGGUACGUCCGCCCGACCGUGCAUAUUGAAUUUCUUUGUCCGCCCCUGUCAAUCAUUGCAACCAUGAUGUUUCUCCGCGCGACGAAUGAGGGUGUGAUUGAUGAGUGAGCUGGCUUGCUGCUCAGAUCUUGGCGAGCUCGUGAGGGGUUCGUUAUGUUUGCGCCGAGGAACGAAUAUAGGCAGAUCUGUACUGUACGCAUUUUGUACUACUGGCAGGGAUAAUAAAUCCCGUAUUUGCCCCCUUUUCAGCACGUAGGACAUGGCAGGAAUAAUAAUUGGUCAAGUCAUACUGGAACAGCGAACAGCUGACAGCAAACAAAACAAAAUCCGACAAGAUGGCAGAGACCAACAAAACCUACGAUUUCAUAGUCGUCGGCGCCGGCCCGGCAGGAUGCACCAUUGCUGCUCGCCUAGCAGAUAGCAACGCUCAGCCAUCCGUGCUCCUCCUAGAGGCAGGAGCUGAUGAUGGGACCGAUAUGACCAAACGCAUGUCGUCUAAUCGCUUUAUGCAGCGUUACGAUGAAUCGCAGACCUGGGGCUAUGAGAGCGAGCCUACAGAAAGCCUAGGCGACCGUGGCUUCCCGCUCGACCGAGGCAAAGGUCUUGGCGGAAGCACUGCCGUCAACUUCAGCUGCUGGACUAGAGGGCCCAAAGAUGACAUGGACGAGAUGGCUCGCCUGACCGGGGACAGCAGCUGGGAGUGGGAGAGAACAGUCGAAUGCUUCAAAAGCAUCGAGUCGUUCCAUGGCGAUUUGGAAGAGAUGCCCAAGGGAGCCGGGAAUUAUAUCCAGUCUACCCAGAACACGUCUUAUGGAACGGACGGUCCAAUCCAUAUUUCGUUCCCCCAAAAAUGGGACGCCGAGGUGACCGACAUGAUAGAUAUAUGGAAAGAGAACGGGUACGCGCUGAACAAAGACCUCUCGGACGGAAGCAUGUUGGGACUUUCGGUCACUCCGUCAACCGAGUAUAGGGGCGUGCGGGUCACCGCGGCGGAUGUCCUUUUCCCAAGACCCUCGAAUCUGAACAUCAUGGUAGAGGCCCCCGUGCACCGGGUGCUUUUUGAUGAACAAAAAAGGGCCACGGGCGUCCAGCUCAUCGACGGUCGGCAGCUGCACGUAUCGAAAGAGGUCAUCAUCUCCGCCGGAGCAUUGGAUUCACCCAAGAUACUCAUGCACAGCGGCAUCGGACCGGAGGAUCAACUUACCAAGUUUGACAUUCCGGUCUUGCAUGACCUACCAGGUGUCGGUGCGAACUAUGCCGACCACUAUCAUGCCUCCUUCGUAUGGAGACGCAAGGAGCAUACCUCAAUCAGGCCAGACUUCUUCUCUGAUCCUAAGCGGAUAGAGAAGGCCCAGCGCGACUGGGAGCUGUACCGCACCGGCGACUACGUGACACUGGGCACGCAGCUGAGCACCGGCUUCUUCAAGAGCGAGGCGACGCUCAAGAGCGCCGAGUUCCAGGCGCUGCCGGACAAGGAGAAACAGCGGAUGUGGAAGCCGACAAUCCCAACGUACGAGAUCGUCUGGAACGCGACGGCGCCCAUGUACUACGAGACGACCAAGAAGCUGCCGGCGCUGUCUGUCGCGCUGCUGAUCCUGCUCAACAGCCAGGGCCGCGGCGCCUUUACGCUGCAGAGCGCGGACCCGGCCUUGCCGCUCAGGUUCGCGCCCGACUUUCUGCGCGCGCCGUACGACCGGCGGGCGGCGGUCGAGGCCACCCGGGAGCUGCUCAAGGUGACCAGCAGCGAGGCGUUCCAGCGGGACAAUGUCCAAGCCGUGUUUGCGCCCGCCAGUGACUCCGACGAGGACAUCUUGGCGUUCUGGCGAGACACCACGUCUAGCACUUGGCACAUGUGUGGGACCAUCAUGAUGGCGACCAAGGCGGAUGGUGAGGGCGACGGAGGUGAUCCGGGCUGUGUCGAUACCGGGUUCUGUGUGCAUGGCGUUGAGGGUUUGCGGGUCGCUGAUAUGAGCAUCAUGCCGAUCCUGCCGAGUGCUCACACACAAUCAACGGCAUAUCAAAUUGGCAUGAUUGCGGCCGAGAAGCUCAUUGAAGAGUAUGACCUGUCUGUAGCACGCAGUAGGUUGUGAAGUGUAAGCAGAAUACGGUAGACAGAACCAGUACGGGGCAAGGGGGUCGUGUUACGUAAAGCAGAAAGCGGAGCAUAGAUCGUUCUUUCCAUAUCACGUGAUUCGGCCAGCACCUUCAAAUUACUCGAUCCACGCCCCGAAAAUUUCUUCCUCUCCUUCCGAUUCCUUCCCCAUGACCAUGUUGGAAACAGCAAAACAUCACCGGCAAGCGUACUGCUUUCCCGCAUGAGCUUGCCGGUGUCUCUAUCUUCAUCUAUGUCAAGUUUUCGAUGAGGCAAUGUUGGUGGACUUUCCGCCUCUGGGAACAGAGGAGAUGCCGGGAAGCUGAACUGCAAGCAGCCUAGACUUUUGCCAGGUUGGCUGAUAGACAUCACCGCUGGUAUGUCUCGGAUUAAGUUGGCUCAUCUUCGGCUAGGCAUGGAAAGCAGCAUGGUUGAGAGCUCGUAGUUAUUCAUAAAAUUCUAUUGAUAUAAUGUAAUAUUUUCUGUCAAUGAUCGCGCACCGUCUAUGGUGUUGGUGCAUAGCCUGAUAUCGUG